GUGCGCGUGCGCGGUGACCUCUCAAUAACUCUUUGUAGACAACAACACAAAAUUCAACUAAAAUGCACUUUAGCAGGGGAUGCACGGCUUUAAACCUAGGAUAACACCAUGAAGGAAAUGGUCGGAGGUUGUUGCGUCUGCUCAGACGAACGUGGGUGGAAUGAAAACCCUUUAGUUUACUGUGAUGGACAUGGCUGUAAUGUAGCCGUGCACCAAGCUUGUUACGGUAUUGUCCAGGUACCCCCGGGACCAUGGUUUUGUCGGAAGUGUGAGUCGCAAGAACGGGCUGCUCGGGUGAAAUGUGAACUUUGCCCUCAGCGAGAUGGAGCUCUGAAAAGGACAGAUUCUGGAGGUUGGGGUCAUGUGAUCUGUGCACUGUUUAUUCCGGAAGUUAUGUUUGGGAACACGGGAACUAUGGAACCAAUCUGUAUACGGAAUGUGCCCCAUGACAGAUAUAAUAAGUCAUGUUAUGUAUGCGAGGAGCAAGGCCGGGAAAGUAAGGCCACAACAGGGGCAUGUAUGCAGUGUAAUAAACCUGGCUGCAAACAGUAUUUCCACGUCACAUGUGCCCAGGCCCAAGGUUUACUAUGUGAGGAGGCAGGGGCGUACAUGGACAAUGUAAAAUAUUGUGGAUAUUGUUCACUUCAUUAUAAAAAACUGAGAAAGGAUCACCAUAAUAUAAAGGUGAUUCCCCCAUUCAAGCCCAUUCCUUCACAGUCCCCAGAUGCUACUCCUGAAAAAACUGGCCCCAUUACAAAGGCAGAGUCCAAACAGAAGCCUCAAGCAAAGGUCAAGGGUAAAGAGAGAACAGAGCGAUCAGAGAGAUCAACUAGGUUACAAAACCCGACAGCCACCUCUUCAACAGUAGCUGAAUCAACAGUAACUGAAUCAACAGCAACCGAAUCUAGCAGCUCUGCAUCCAAGAUAAGCGCAUCAGAAUUAGGGUCAAAGUUCACAACGGCUAAUUUUACAGAGACUGUAAUUACGCCCCAGACCCCACCAACGAUCACUCCUAAAGAGGAGCCGAUGGAUGAGGAUGAUGAAGACGAAGAGGAAGAAGGCCCAGCUGCCAAAGAUGAAGCUCCGAAGUUGGAGAAAUCAGAAAUAGAGAGACCCCCUAGUAGAGAUUCUAAUGUUGAUGUUGAAUCUAUUGAGACCCCUGAGAAAAAGCCAAAUGAUAAUAAAUCAGCCGUUGAAGAGACUGCAGUGGCUAGUAGUGUAUCAGAAUUGGCAAAAGAAAAACUGUUUGAUUCUAAACCAACAGAAUCUGUAACCAAGGCAACAACAGAGGGAGUAACCAUAGCAACGACUAGUAAUAGUAGUACAACAAAGUCUGAAUCUAAAGAGGUUACAACUUCCACUGUGACGACCACUUUCUCUUCUAAUUAUGAAAACUUUUUAAAAUCCUAUGAUAAAAGCCAAGCCUCAUCGACGCCUCCCACGACAACAACGACAACAGAUACCUCAUCCACAGCAUCGAGUGUUCCUAUGGCAAAUAGUUCUUCCAUAAUGGACACAAUAGACAGUGUAGCCAAGGGUGCUGGGACAGCCUCUCUGAAAAGAUCCAAUAGUGAUGAGGUUUCACUCGAGGACAAUGCCGAGAAGAAGUUUAAGAAACACAAGGUGUCGCCGCAACAUCAACUAUCCCCUCAUUUACAAGGUCUCCCCACAGCAGUUAAAGAUCCCAUGGGUUUAAUGGCUGGAAGUCGUGCCAAAACUGUCAAAGAUUUAUUAGCUACAGGUGUUGUUCCAGUCUCGCCACCUAUAAGUCCACCGAUUAGCCAAACUAAGAAAUUACGGAAGAGAAAAGAUAGUACCUCUUCAAUGGGGAGCAAUAUGUCUCAGGGGUUUGGAGCGACACAGAGCCAGACAUUGUUUGGAGUUAGUCCUGGCAAUCAGAGAGGCAUUGAGAAUGGCCAGCUUACUAUCGCAACAUCUACUGCAUCAGUGGCAUCAUCACAUGCUAGGCAAACUGUGGCCGACACUAUAUCAGUUACAUCAUCUGCUUUAAUAGGCUCAGGCUGGCUGGAUCCUAAAUCAGAGGUGUUAAGCAAUGGUCCUAUUGGAGCAUUAAUGGGGCCAAUUAAACCCAAGGCCCUCUCGAUGGCUUCUAAAGGUUCAAGCUUCGGAGAUUCUUUAGGAGAUAUGGGUGGGUUCAGGGUCCCCCAGAGCAUGGAACAGCUACUGGAGAGACAAUGGGAACAAGGAUCACAGUUCCUCAUGGAACAGGGUCAACAUUUUGACAUUGCUUCAUUGUUGAACUGCCUCCACCAACUCAGGGCAGAAAACCACCGUUUGGAGGAGCAUAUUCAAUCCCUGAUGACCCGUCGGGAUCACCUGCUAGCUGUAAAUGCCCGACUAUCAAUACCUCUCACCCCAAUCAACAACCAACGAGAGAGAGAUGGCAGCACCAGUCAGGGAACAUCCCCAGAAGCGGGAAGUGUAAGCGCGAUCAGGAAUCAGCGAGUGAAUAAUUUUGUAUCCCCAGAGAGCAGAGCGGAGACUACCCAGUCUGGGUCUAGUUCACACCAGGAGUCAAGUUAUAGCCGUGGUCAAAUAAAAGCUCCAGCAUCCAACAGAGAGAACAGAGUUCAAGGUCACAGGGAUACAGGUCAAGGUCAUGGUCAGAGUCCUGCACAGAACCACGUGGGACACAACAGCACAGGAGGCCAAGGACAAAGUCCACACAGUAACCAACAGGGACUUAGUAGUCCUCAUGCAGCCUCUAACAGGACAAGAACACCAGAGUCAAGGUCAACUGGUCAAGGUCAACCACAGGCCCCAGGUCAAGGUCAUCCAGGUCAACAACCACAGGGCCCAGGUCAAGGCCACCCAGGUCAACAACCUCAAGCCCAAGGUCAAACGGCUGCUAUAGAGCAGCAACGAUUAAUGUUCCAGCAACAUCAACACAUGAUGAAUCAAGCCCAGGCUCUUAGUGCAGAUCAGCACCAGCAGAUGAUGUUCCAUCUCAUGCAGCAGCAUCAAGUCCAACAACAAGGUGGAUUCAGCCCUGCCCAUCCUGGAGUCCCUAACGUGCCACGCCCUACAGUUCCCGGGGCCCCACCCCACCCCCAAGCGAACAGGAACAUGCCAUCUGAAAAACUGAAGGAGAAAAGCUGAUAAUUUUGAGAAACAGAAUUCAGAAAAUUAGUUAUGUCUGAAAUUAUUGUUGUAAUUUCAAAAAUACAUUGAUUUGCAACAAUUACUGAUUUUUGAAUAUAUUUAUUAUAAUCAAUCAUAAGUCGAUUUGAAGAAUAUUUUACAUGCAUUAUAACUUUUGGAAAUAUGUCAAAAUACAAUUCAAAACAUUGUCUUCGGUUCUGUGGUGUAAAGGUUAUCACACUCAACUCCCGAUGCCAAAGUCCUUGGUUCAAUCCCAG